UGAUUCUACUCCAAGAGGCUCGGUCACCUUUCCAAAUUUGACCAAUGACCAGUCUCCCUCUACCCAACUCACUUCCGCUUCAUCACCCAACAUCACCGACCGGCCUACCUCACCGCCUACCUCACCGUUAUCUUCUACCUCUGGCAGUUCAUCUGCCGAUACUACCUCACCGCUAGCAUCUCCCCCUGGAAUUGGUCAUCAUAUGCAAACCCGUUCCAAAUCGGGUAUUUUCAAACCCAAAACUAUUUUUAAUCUUCAAACUGAUGUUUCGGCAUGUGAUCCCUCAUGUUUUUCUAUGGCUAAUAAAGAUCCUAAAUGGAGAGCGGCUAUGGCCGAGGAGUUUAAUGCUCUUAUAGAUAAUCAUACUUGGGAUUUAGUUCCAUUUAAUUCUCGUAACAAUGUGGUCGGGUCUAAAUGGAUUUAUAAGACUAAAUUUAAUUCUGACGGGUCUGUUGAGCGUCAUAAAGCGCGUCUGGUGGCACAGGGUUUUACUCAACAAGCUGGUGUGGAUUUUUCUGAGACAUUUAGUCCUGUGGUUAAACCCACUACUGUUCGUAUUGUUUUAUCUCUGGCAGUGUCCUUUGGUUGGAUGAUGCGUCAGUUAGAUGUUAAAAAUGCAUUUCUUCAUGGUAAUUUGACAGAAGAAGUUUAUAUGCGUCAGCCUCCAGGUUUUGUUCAUCCUCAGUUUCCUCAUCAUAUUUGUCGUCUCAGGAAGGCUAUCUAUGGUUUGAAACAGGCCCCAAGAGCCUGGUUCUACCGGUUUAGUAGCUUCCUAUUAACCCAUGGCUUUGUUUGCAGCAAGUCUGAUAAUUCCUUAUUUAUUUUUCGCCAAGGGUCCACUAUUCUUUAUCUUCUUCUCUAUGUUGACGAUAUAAUUAUUACCGGUAAUUCCCCAUCUUUUAUUAACACCUUUAUUUCGUGCCUUGGCCGAUAUUUUGCUAUGAAAGAUUUAGGGGAUUUGCAUUUUUUCCUGGGUGUCCAAGCUGUUCGUCAUUCUAAAGGAUUGUUCUUAUCUCAGCAAAAAUAUGUGUCUGAUUUGUUAACAAGGUUUCAUCUUCAUAUUCUUAAACCAGUUCGUACCCCUCUUCCUUCACGAACUAAGCUAUCUCUCACAGAUGGUGAUCUUCUUACAGAACCUACUGAGUACAGAAGUAUGGUAGGUGCUUUACAGUAUUUAACUAUGACUCGCCCUGAUAUCACAUUUGCUGUUCACCUGGUUUCUCAGUUUAUGCAUGCCCCCCGUACUUCCCAUAUGUUGGCUGUUAAGCGUAUUUUCAGGUACCUUCAAGGCACCUCAGAUCAUGGUUUACUGCUGCGGCCGAAUAUUACAGCUCCUACUCUACAGGCAUACUCUGAUGCUGAUUGGGCCGGUUGUCCAGACAGUAGUCGCUCCACAUCUGGCUUUGCUAUAUUUUUGGGGCCUAACUUAGUCUCUUGGAAGUCCAAGAAACAACCUACGGUCUCCCGGUCUUCUACUGAAGCUGAGUAUCGGGCCAUCGCUUACACCGUUCAGGAUACACUUCACAUUCGCUCCAUUUUAUUUGAGCUUGGGGUCCCGAUAUGCACGCCUGUUAAGUUGUUCUGUGACAAUGUCUCUGCUUCUUAUUUAUCUAUGAAUCCUAUUCAGCAUGCUCGCAGUAAACACAUUAGCAUUGAUUAUCAUUUUGUUCGAGAGCGUGUCUCGCAUGGAGAUCUGGUUGUUCGCUAUGUACCUACGCAGUUUCAGUUGGCAGAUAUUUUUACCAAGUGCUUAUCUCCUCAACGGUUCAAUUUUCUUCGAGACAAUCUGUGCGUUAUUUCUCCUGCACAGACUGAGG